AUGUCGCCCACACUCGACAAGAUCGAUACCAACCCUCCACCUUCGGCCAGCAGACACAAGACCACAAUGACGCCCACUGCCACCAAACCAUUGUCCGAGGAGGAGACCAAGGCUUUCAAGGACGUCUUUGCCCUCUUUGACAAGGAUGGAAGCGGCACGAUCACGGCCCAAGAACUCGGCGAGAUCAUGAAGUCUCUCGGCCAGAAUCCUUCCGACUCCGAGUUGCAGGACAUGAUCAAUGAAGUCGACGCCGACCACUCCGGCAGCAUAGAUUUUGAUGAGUUUCUCAAGAUGAUGUCCACAACCGUCAAAGCCCAGGACUUCGCACAUGAAACCCGCGCGGCAUUCAACGUCUUCGACAAAGAUGGCUCCGGUACAAUCUCCGCAGAUGAACUGCGCCAGGUGAUGAAGUCCCUCGGGGAGAACUUGACCGACGAGGAGAUCGAUGAGAUGAUCCGGGAGGCGGACAAGGACAGGAAUGGAACGAUAGACUACGAAGAAUUUGUGCAACUCCUGUCACCAAAGCCAUAG